AUAACAAUGUCCAAAUUAGAUUCCGGCGGUGAAGCAGCUGCCUCCUCCGCCACCACGGCCGCGGCAGCGGUGGCGACGCCGAGCCGGUACGAGUCCCAAAAGAGGAGAGAUUGGAACACUUUCCUACAGUUCCUGAAAAACCUAAACCCUCCAGCUUCGAUAUCCCACUGCAAUUCCAACCAUGUCCUGGAAUUCCUCCGAUACCUCGACCAGUUUGGGAAAACUAAGGUUCACUUAUCCGGGUGUGGAUUCUUCGGGCAGCCCGACCCGCCGGCGGCGUGCGCCUGCCCGUUGAGGCAGGCAUGGGGCAGCCUCGAUGCUCUGAUCGGACGGCUGAGAGCAGCCUACGAAGAACAUGGCGGAUCGCCGGAGACCAAUCCGUUCGGCAAUGGCGCCGUCCGUAUUUACCUCCGGGAAGUGAAAGACUGUCAGGCUAAGGCCAGAGGAAUUCCUUACAAGAAGAAGAAGAAGAGAAAGAUCACUCAUCCAAACAGGAAUUCGAUUAAUUCAUCCAUCAAUUUGGGGAAUUAAUUAAAAUUAAACCUACAUCUCGAUCGAUCUACAAGGACUUGAAGCAAUUAAGCAAGAUUUCUUUCUUGAUAUAUACAGUUCCUGUCUGCUGUAUAAAAUGUUGGGAACAAUGGCCAACAACUAUAUCUAGCUAGGUUGGUGCAAUUGAAUUUUGUCCUAAAGUGGACUCUUAUUACCAUCACAUGACAACAUCUAUCUGUAUGCUGGCUGCUGGCUGGUUACAUAAUUAUUUACUACUUUCUAUAUCAUCAUCAUCAUACUUUAAAGAUGUAUGUAUAAUACUAGCAAGUG